ACAAAACUCCAUCCAAACUCCACAGAACAACUUACAGUUGAUCACGACCCUCAGUUCUAUUUUGCUACGAAUUGCCUCAGCCGCUGCAUAUAUAACUUGUGUCUCGCAAUGUUACUUCACCAGCUUGGCUAACAUUUCUUGAGCUGGCGAGAGCGACACUUCAACAACAACAACAACAACAACAACAACAAUAACAACAACAUCAACAGCGGCAGCUCUUUACACAAUUAUUCUGGUUACGAAUGCUUUUCGAAGCAACACAUCCGAGGGGAUAGCUUCUGCUACUUUCAGGACCCACAAAAAGAACGCAAAGCACCCGUUCUCCAUCAUAUUCAUGUAAUCCAGUUAAAACCCAGGAGCCAUCAGUUUCGACACCGCCUCACAUACCUAGCCAUUAUGGAUAUCCCGCAGCAGCAGAAAGUACAGCAACAGGUGCCCACCAUGGAAGAAGUGCAGAACAUCAUCAAGCUGCAGCGCUCUAUCGUCAUGGCCGACAUCCUCAAAGUCAAGCCGGAAAUGAGCGAUCCGGAAAAGUACAACGCGGCUCUCAAGGAGGCUACGGCACUGGCUCUCUACAACAUCUACCACGCCAAGCGCGACCGCAAGGUCAAAACCGAGGCUUUUGUGGGAUGGUAUAUCUCCAAUUUCCUGUGGAUGAUGUUCCACGGUGGCGUCGAUCCCAAGAAAAACCCCAUCCGUCACUUGGAGCCCAUCGACUUCCCAGGAGAGCCCGAGUCUUUGGCGUAUGAAUGCUACAUGUUGGGAAGGCGAAAUCGAGACGAGGAGGCCCAGGACAAUCAGCAACAGGUUGCGGCAAGUGACAGGGAAGACGCUAAUGACGCGGCGCAGCCAUACGUAAAGGUUAAUGUCGAUCAGAGCACUGAAUACCUGAUCACGGUUGAGGUGGAUGGUGGACGUGAGGUGGCUCAUCCUCUGUACCGGAACAUUGCGCAGUGCGUCAAGGACUUUGGCCAAGGGUCUCACUAUGUCAGAAAAAGGCCAGGCCCAAGCUACAAGAAAAAAGUUGAAAGACCUGCCCCUGUUCAGCAGACUUCAUCAAGGCCGGCGAAGAGAGCAAGAUAUUGACUUGUGCUCACAAGAGACUGGGUUUAUCGUCUGCUUUCGCUAUACGCGAUGCUCAUCAGCCUGCUGCCAGCGAAGAAUGGGGGCCGAUAAUACUUGUUGAUUAUCCAUCUCCAAAAACUCGACCUAAUACAAGCUCAAACUCAACUGCUCGC